AUGGCGGUGCCCGUGCAGCCGGCGCGCGGCCUCCUCCGGCUGGGGACGACCCUCAGUCCGAACUCCCGUGGUUAUCGGGCACCGCCACCCCCUCGCCGCUCGCCGGGACCCUGGUGGCCGGACCCGGAGGACCCGUUGACCCCGCGCUGGCAGCUGGGGCCGCGGUACGCGGCCAAGCAGUUCGCACGGCACGGCGCCGCCUCCGGGGUGGCCGCGGAUUUACUGUGGCCGUCGCCGAAGCAGCUGCGCGAGCUGGAGGCUGAGGAGCGCGAAUGGUGCCCCAGCCUAGCGGCCAUGCAAGAGUCGCUGCGGGUGCAGCGGCUGGCCGAGGAGCAGAAGCGUCAGGCCAGGGAGCAGCUCAUUGCAGAGCGCAUGGCCAAGAUGCCACAGAUGAUUGAGGACUGGCGGCGGCAGCAGCAGGAGCGCUGGGAGAAGGCACAGGCAGACAAGGAGCGGCGGGCACGGCUGCAGGCUGAGGCCCAGGAGCGCCUAGGCUACCACGUGGACCCGCGGAGCGCUCGCUUCCAGGAGCUGUUGCAGGACCUGGAGAAGCAGCAACGCAAGCGCCUCAAGGAGGAAAAACAAAGGCAGAAGAAGGCACGAGCUGCUGCAAUGGCCACUGCUGCCACCCAGGACCCUGUUACCUCUGAGGCACCUAGCUCCUGA